AAGCAUUGGGAGAUCGUUCUCCCACCACAACACUCGAAAUGUGGCCCACGCUGAAGAUCCUGCUGAUCCUGGGAGGCCUCACCACCCUCACCGAGGCCUUUAACUACAUGUUUAUAAUGGACGACGAUGGCCUGAUGGCGCCCUGCGAGGACCAGCCCGGAAACCACAUCAACUUCAUGGACGGCCUAUUCGAUAUGUCGACGUCCAAACUGGGAAAGUUUGAUGGAAAGCUCAGAAUGGAGGGGGAUCUGAUCGUAAAGUGGACUGAUGUCCAGCCGGAAGACACGCUUACAUUCGUGGGACAGAUAUACAAGUGGGAGCACAACGCUUGGCAGAAGACCAUGUUCUCGGCCAGCAGUAAGAACUUUUGCCGAAACAUGUUCGAGAAGGGUCAGUACUGGUACGAUUUCUGGACCAAGCACAUCACCAAUGCCGAUGAGAUAAUGAACCAGUGCCUGAACACCCCAGGAGCCGUGUUGAAGCACGAACUUUUCGAACCAAUAUUGAAGGGAAGCCUGAACGUCCCGAACCUGGAGGGUCGCUACAAGUUGGUCAUAACCGUUGAUGCAUUCGACAAGAAGAACGUCAAGCGACCCGUAACCGCCUGCACCGAGUUCCGCGGCAUCGUCAAAAAGUCAUAAUCCCGACAAUUAUAUAUGCAUGCUGAGGUAUUCCAUGCGAACAGCGAAACACCAUUAAAGCUAAUUAUCGAACAUGAA